ACUCCCCACUAUUUUUGGCGAUCUCAAUCUGUUUGCAAUUCGUCCAAUUUGUCUGUACAAAACGUGGACAUUUAUCGUGAAGCAACCGAGUCUACGAAGCAGCUGACACAAUUCAGAGCUCCGACCACCUGCAACUCUAGCACUCCUAUGUCCCAAACGAAUACCACCUCAACCGACUCCUUGAAUUGUACUCCUCAUUCCAACUACCUCCCGGGUUCCACAACAACCAUCUGUUCGAUGGCUCCAUUCACCACGAAUGCAAACGAACUGAUGGAUAGUAGCAAUACCACCACAGCUGCUGUUGCAGCCGCUUCAGUUGGCACGAUCAACUCAUCCCCAUUCGUUUCUAUGGCUUCCGCUUCAGCUGCUGCUGCUGCUGCUGCUUCAUCCGUGCCGGGGACGGACAGUACGAGCGCCGCACACUCCGGCCUCAUGGACGCCUCUGUGGUGAUGGUUGGUAGUAAUCGAGCUUUGGGUUCGUGUACAGAUGUAACGGUUUCCUCGCUCUCUUCGGUCCCAACUUUGUCGCACCAGCUAAAUCCCACUGAUCCGGCGGGCAUCGGGUUGCUGAACGGUACCACCGGUUCCCUUGCAUCUGUCUCGAAUCCGAUCUCAUCAUUCAGCUCGUCUGUCCUGGACAGUACCGGUUCUUUACACUUGAACCCUGGCACCCAAACCAACGAUACCCCGUUGGUCAAUCCACUCCUCUUGCCGGCCACAUCUGCCGGGGCUGUGACCACUUCAACUCUGCUUAAUCACAUUCCCUCCGCACUCAUGGUUGCCACGGAUGCCAAGUCGGGCGUCGGUUCAGUGACGGAAUCCUCCAUGGGAAUGGACACCGCCUCGAGUGCUGUGACACCGGCCUCGAGCACUGGGACCGCGGCCACGACAUCUUUGACUGCAAACCUGGUCAAUGUGGGCCCGAAGCGAUUGCAUGUCUCGAACAUUCCUUUCCGGUUUCGAGAAGCCGAUUUGCGGCAACUCUUAGGGCCCUUUGGAACUAUUUUGGAUGUGGAAAUCAUUUUCAACGAGCGCGGAUCCAAGACCAUGGCGGACGAAGUCCCGCCUCGAUUCGCACAUCUGUUCUGA